CAGACGCGGACAUCGAAGCUUUAUUGAGGCAAAACGACAUAGAACAGGCGCUGCUAUUGGAGGAAAAAAUGUCGCUGCAACUGAAGCUGUUGGCUGCCUCCGGUUUGGAGCCUCCAUCACCGCCUGCGUACAGGCAUUUGGUCAGCGAGAGCGCCGAUACUGGCCAGAUGUGGAAAGAAGUGCUGACUGCGGUGCAGGAAGUCAGUCAGUUGGCCAGUUCGUUGUACGCAACCGGCACAAACCUAUCUAGAAGUGUGAGUUCAGCUGGGGAACAUCAAAGCGAAACGUACGUGUCGCCGAUUCUACCGAAGCGUGCGGAAACUUUUGGAGGUUUCGACAAUAAUCAGGCGCCAUUGAAACUAAUGGGGAAAAAGCUGCAUCAACAGAGCGCCGCGGGCGCUGCCCCUACAGCGACGCCCGAUUUCGAGAACCUGAAGCCUGGAGAUUCAAGACUGUUUGAACGGUUGCCUUAUAGAAACUGUGUGAUAACGGGAAAACCCUUGAUCAACGGCUCUGCUGUCAAUGUAAAUAGCAACGCCCCACCGGCGUCACAGCCAAUGCCUGCGCAAGGCCAACGGGCCCCAACCAAUCAGCUUACAGCGCCCCCAGAUGCGCCAGCCUUACUGUCUUUGGGCAGGGAGCAACAGUACGCAGCUAUCCAGCUAAGUCACUACGUCUACACGCUACUGUGCAUCAUUUCACAGUUAAUGACUACCAAUGGAAGUUUGCAAGCCCAAGUAUCGAAUAUGAAAGGAACUGAUAAACAGUAUCGACACAAUCAGCAGCUUGAAGAGUUGCGGAACUUACAGGAUAAGUUGAGCGGCGAAAAAGCGUCUUGGGCCGCCACAAGGGAGCAAGAGGAAAAAGAGCUGGAAGAAAAACGACAAGAACUGCUAAGGUUACAAGAACAAAUUCGAGUGGAGCAAACCGACAUAACCCAGCAAAGGGAUCAGCUUUACAGGAAAAUGGAAGUGCUCACUAGUCAAGGUCUGCUGAUAUCGCCCAACGUGGCCAUUCCUGUAACCGGGCAGUUGGACGACAGCAGCAAAGACAGUUCAGAAGACAGCAGUCCUCAGUCUUCUGAUACAUCUUCUGCUACUUCUGCAGCCAAUCCAAGCUCACUCUCUCAUUCUGCGUCCACUGUGGACAAGCGCAAGGAGAGCAAAUGGAACAAAGGGUCAAACGUUCCGAAACAGCAUCUGCCGUUAAACCUGAUAUCGACGACGAAUCAGCAAAAGGUGUCGCACACGCAAAAUUUACCAAUUAAGCAGCAGAUUCCGCUAAAACUGGCAUCCAGACUGAGCUCGGGCGCGACCGAGUCACCCAAGCCGGGCCAAGGUGGGCCUCAGCAGAUUUUACCCUUAAAACUAAGUCAGGACGAGAAGAUCAGAAGAACCAGCACUUCGGGCUAUCAGCGCUUGUCCGAAAACAGUUUCAGUCCACCUUCAGAAGAGACCACACCAACUGGCCAUUCGCACAUUCGGACGGGUUCCAGUCCGGCCAUGAUGCAACAAUCGCCACCAUCGUCCGGUUCUUCUAGUCAGUGCCAAAGUCCAAGUGGAACCAAAGCGACGCGCACCAACACGUACCCGAAAUUUCCCGACAAGUUUAAGGUACGUGGCGAACAAGCGCCCUCUCAAGACGAAGAAGUCAUUUACUUCUGACGGUUUUGGAAAGCUACGAAUUAUCUCAGCUCCUUGAUCAAGAGUAAGGUGUAAAAUGGUGCGGAGUCACAAUUCUUUUCGGAAAUUGUAUCGGAUAUCGCUUAACUUCGAAUAUAUUUUCUAUGACACUUUUUUUACUGCUCCUGAUUGGAAGCUGUACUGUUUCUUGGAAACUUCCAUUAAUAUUUACUGAGUUUCAAUUGCGAAAAUUAAAGUCCUGAGUGGACUGCGUGCUUCCUAAAAAAAUGAGUGCGCGGUACGUUCAAAAGUUUGUUAGUUGAUUUUACAACUGAAUAUUUAUCUUUGAUCUGACGACUUUGUAUGGUUUUCCAUUCGUUUCAAUGGACUCUUUACUCGGCUAGCGAUCGAGUGAGGAUUUUUUUGAAAUGCAUUUCUCUAUGAAAAUCUACUUAUCUAAAUUUAAGAAUCUCUGACAAUACCGGCUCAAUAGUGCUCUAGUGCUAGUCACUUCAUCUCUGGUUACUUGCAAAUAUUCCAUUGCAGUUUUCUUUGUGAUUCGUUUAGUGAAACGACUUUUACACUUUUUCAACUUCUUCCUCGACAUCGCUCACUUUUACAUAACCCCUAAUUUAAGAUACCUUCCAUUCUUUAUACAAUAUUUAUGUAUUAGUCAAAUUGCAUAUACUGGGUGUCCCAUUAAUGGGUGAACAUUUUCUAGUUCCUAAACUUCCGAUUUCGAGUCUAACUUCGGGGCACUCUGUAUAGCUAUCCUUUGGACUGGUUUUGAUCAAAUCUUUUGUAAAUCACCAUUUAAAAGUGCGUAUUACAGUAGGUACAUUACACAGGGUGGUCCUGAAUAAGUGUCAUUACAGAAAACUGUCGAGUUCUCAUGAACAAAGAACCUUUUUCCUCUCAGUGCUUUCGUUUUCGACAUACGCGGUGUCAAAAUUUUAAUUAAUUUUCAAUUACUACAGGAAUGAGUUUGUACAAUCGCUAUAACGAUUAGUAGCUACUUUUUCGCAUCCCACUUGAAGUCAUUAAAUGUGCCAAAUAUAGACAAAAAUUGUUUUUAUCCAUAAAAAGCUCUCGAAAAUCGUUUACUCUAGAAACACCGAAACCGAAAUCUAGUUUUAAGUGGCGUAUAAAUUAGAGGAAAACCCAUAGGAUACAAUGUGAUAAGAUAUGCACCUCUGACACGUCCAAUAAAAUGUGGGGCUCAUUCUUACAGUUCAAGUUGAUAAAAAAAUACAAAUUGACAGCCUGUGGGUAUUCCGAAAACGAAAGCACGGAGGAAAAAAUUGAAUCUUUUCAAGAGAAAUUAACACAAUUGUCCGCUGCAACACUUACAAGAGGUGCAAUAAAAACGGCAUUGCAGGUGAACGCUCUGUAUAUGCAACUGUACACCGCUCAGCACUAAUGGUGAUCUACAUAGUUCUAGUAAAAUACAGGGCGAUUUAUUGUCAAUGGAAAAUGCCACUAUUUACUUAAACUUUUGGACAAGGCGUUUUUUUCGAAUUUUUCCAUUGUUGCUUCAGUAAAUCACCCUGUAAAGUUUUUCUUCCGUCUUCCCCUCCCCCCUAAUAUUAACAAAGUUCUCAAACUAAAGUUUCAUGACAAUACGUAGGUAUAUUGUUAGUUAGAUCUUGAAAGUUAGCGUAACUUCUCAUUCCUUUGGCUGUAGAUUGUACAUAUUAUAUACUCGAGUUUUUUGGAUAUCCUAACAUCGUUUAAGUGUGAAAAACCCAUUUUGUGGUAAAGAAAAAAAUUAUUCUGUUACGUUAUGUGCAAUAGAGUAUUUUAGCGCGUUAAAGGUUAAAAUCUAUUUAAUCGGCGAAUAGUAGCGAUAGCCUUAGAUUUCCUCCUUGUAAUAGUUGUGAGUUUUGACCCGGUCAACGUUAAAUGUUGUGAGAAUUAUCAAAUGCCUGCAAUGUUUAACUGAAUUGAGUAACAAAAAGUAAUACCUAUAUGUAAAAAGUCAAUAAGCACGUAGUUUCAGGUUGAAAAUCUAUAGAUGGUUAUUUGAUUUCGAUCAAAUACUGUUAUAUUUUAUAAAAAAUCUAUUUUUCCACAUUUAAAAGUUGAUUCAUUGUAAUCCACUAGUUUCUAUUCGAAUAUGGCCUAUCUGUUGUUGGUUUCUUCGCAUUAACAAAUUGCUUGUUUCAGCAAAUUUCUGACAACGAUUGUUCAAAAAUAUAGUCAUAUCAAACACAAUCAAGUAAAAAACCUUCAUUUUCUUUGAAUAGAUUGAUUUUGUAAAACACUCAGUAUUGUUAUUCUUUUAUCACUUAUUCGAUGCAAAUAUACUAUAGAUUUUCCUCGUCAUUAUUUAUUAUGUGUUAAAAAUAGCAAACUGCCGAAAUGUAUUCAUGUUAUUUAUUCGUUUGCUACAUCCGUACUAAGGAGUGGGCCAAAUUGGUUCCAUUUAUGUACGUUUGAUUUUUUUAAUAGUUGCAUUAGUUCAAUUAAAUUAUUUUUCCAUUCUGCAAGUUCUUCUAUUUGCAGAAGAUGUGAUAUAAUAAGGCUUUCGUAUAUUUCGCUAAGUCACUGAGUGAUUUUCCUCAUUUGUAAUUCUACGCAAUAUUUUUAUUCUAGUUCACGCAAUUAUGUAACAUCACAUUAUUUAUUCACGAGUCUUUCACACGCUUGGCAUAUACAGGAUGGCUCACUUUUUAGUGGAAUAAAUAAGGCUCGUUCACUUUAUAAUGCUAUGAAACAACCUAUGAAUUAAUUACGCUAGAAAGUGAGCCAAUUAUAUUUAUUAUUUUAUCAUUCCAUUCAACAUAUUGUAAUUUGUUUUAAAACAUACGCAUAUUGGGGUAGAAGUUAAAUAAAAUGUAUAUUUUACUAAUAAGAAAUUGAAUCAUUGGCAUGUAAAUAGUACUAUUUAAUGUAAAUAAAUUUGAAUUAAAAAAUC